AGCCAAAAAAUAACAACAGCGUAAAGGUUUCAGCAUGUAUAUGUUGCUUAUGUUUAUUUCUCUCUCUACCGCUAUAUCUGUCUCCCUCAUCUCUUUCGCCAUUGAUUGAAGAAAAGCUUUGAGAUUUCAAGCAAAUCUCAAAUCUUAAUCGCAAAACCCCAACACCCAUGUGAUUCAUUUUCUGGGUAACUCUGGGAAUUGGAUUCUGAAUUCGAUUUCUGGUUAAAGACAUGAUUUUUAAUUUGUUUGAAUCUCUGUACAUAUAGAAGAAGUUUGAGAGAGAGAGAGAGAGAAAUGCCAAGCGUAGCUGUGAAGCUCUAUAGCGUGUUCUUCAAGUUUCUCUUGAAGCACCGUUUGCAGAAUCGGAUCCAAACCCAACCAGACGAUUCCAACCCGUUUGGUGUCACAUCUCGACCCGAAGAAACCAUUGCUGCAGCUAACCCAGUAUUCACCGAUGGUAUAGCCACCAAGGAUAUCCACAUCGACCCAUUUACUUCUCUUUCGAUCCGAAUCUUCCUUCCCGAAUCCGCACUCACUCCGCCCGAACCUGAUUCCAAGCCCUCUCACAGACCUAGGGUUAGGACUGGCCCUGCCCCAAGAAGAUCUGAUCUCGAUUCCGGAUCCCCACCAGCACAAACUGAUUCGGCUCACCAGACUCACGGCAUUUCACAGCCUUAUUCUUCUCGACGCAAUAGCUAUGGCAAUAUCGGAACCCCCGCAACCGACGAUGCCAAGAGAGAGCCUAGAAGGUUUAGCUAUGGCUGUAGCAAUGACAUGGAGAGUUUGAAUUUGAUCUCAGGCGGCGGCGGAGGAGUGUACAGAGGCUACUCACCUUCGACCGAGAAUCGGCGAAGAUUGCCUGUGAUUUUGCAAUUUCACGGUGGUGGUUGGGUCAGUGGGAGCAAUGAUUCGGUGGCUAACGAUUACUUCUGUCGGCGGAUCGCGAAAUUGUGUGACGUCAUCGUUGUAGCUGUCGGUUACAGGCUUGCGCCAGAGAAUCGUUUCCCGGCUGCGUUUGAGGACGGGUUGAAGGUGUUGAAUUGGCUUGGGAAGCAGGCCAAUUUGGCUGAGUGUAAUAAAUCAAUGGGGAGUGUACGGUCCGCCGGCGGCGGCGGCCUGGAAUCGAAAAAGUCCGAUACGCGCAUUGUUGACACAUUUGGUGCCUCAAUGGUGGAGCCAUGGUUGGCUGCUCAUGGAGAUCCAUCAAGAUGCGUUCUUCUUGGGGUGAGUUGUGGUGCUAACAUUGCAGACUAUGUGGCUCGGAAAGCUGUCGAGGCAGGCAGGCUUUUGGACCCUGUGAAGGUUGUAGCACAGGUUCUGAUGUAUCCCUUCUUCAUUGGAAGCAUUCCAACUCAUUCGGAGAUUAAGCUCGCAAACUCUUAUUUUUAUGACAAGGCAAUGUGUGUACUUGCAUGGAAACUGUUUCUCCCAGAGGAAGAGUUUAGCUUGGAUCACCUGGCUGCCAACCCCCUUGUCCCAAACAGAGGGCCGCCUCUAAAACUCAUGCCGCCAACCCUGACAGUGGUGGCAGAACAUGACUGGAUGAGAGACCGAGCCAUCGCCUACUCAGAGGAGCUACGGAAGGUAAACGUUGACGCUCCAGUCCUGGAAUACAAGGAUGCAGUUCAUGAAUUCGCAACACUUGACAUGCUUCUCAAGACCCCUCAGGCACAGGCUUGUGCAGAGGACAUUUCCAUCUGGGUCAAGAAAUACAUCUCACUUAGAGGCCAUGAAUUCUCAUACUGAGCUCAAUGUGAGUAGUAAAACCCAAGUGGUGUUUUCAACCAGAGAACAAAGCCAACUGUUGCCUUGCCUCUGUGUUCUGCAGCCAUCGUCGAUCGAAAGAGCUCGGAUUUGCAGCCACUACAGGGAUCUCUAUUACUGUUCUUGUUGGGUGGUUUGAUGCCUUCUUGAGCUCUUCCUAGUCUACCUCUUUUGUUUAUUUGAUGCUAUUUUUGUAAGAUAGAGAGAUAGAGAGGCAGAGAGACAGAGAGAGAUGGUUUUGAGUGUAGGAUUUAGAUGAGCCUUUGAGAUGGUUUUAUACCCUCUUUUGUAGUAAAAUUCGGAUAUUCCCUCUUCAUUUUUCCUUGUGUAUUACAAUGUAUUAUUCAAUUUAAUGAAAUUCUUAUACUUUAUUUUA